AUGCUCUCCCCGGAGCCCCCAGAGCGUCGCGAUGCUCUCCCCGGACGCCCCAGAGCGUCGCGAUGCUCUCCCCGGACGCCCCAGAGCGUCGCGAUGCUCUCCCUGGACGCCCCAGAGCGUCGCGUGCUCGCCCCGGACGCCCCAGAGCGUCGCGAUGCUCUCCCAGGACGCCCCAGAGCGUCGCGGAUGCUCUCCCCGAACGCCCCAGAGUGUCGCGAUCCUCUCCCCGGACGCCCCAGCCAGAGCGUCGCGAUGCUCUCCCUGGACGCCCCAGAGCGUCGCGAUGCUCUCCCCGAACGCCCCAGAGUGUUGCGAUGCUCUCCCCCGGACGCCCCAGAGCGUAGCGAUGCUCUCCCGAACGCCCCAGAGCGUCGCGAUGCUCUCCCCGGACGCCCCAGAGCGUCGCGAUGCUCUCCCCAGACGCCCCAGAGCGUCGCGAUGCUCUCCCCGGACGCCCCAGAGCGUCGCGAUGCUCUCCCUAGCCGCCCCAGAGCGUCGCGAUGCUCUCCCCAGACGCCCCAGAGCGUCGCGAUGCUCUCUCCGCACGCCCCAGAGCAUCGCGAUGCUCUCCCCGGGAGCCCCAGAGCGUCGCGAUGCUCUCCCCGGACGCCCCAGAGGGUCGCGAUGCUCUCCCCGGACGCCCUAAAGCGUCGCGAUGCUCUCCCCGGACGCCCCAGAGCGUCGCGAUGCUCUCCCUGGACGCCCCAGAGCGUCGCGAUGCUCUCCCUGGACGCCCCAGAGCGUCGCGAUGCUCUCCCAGGACGCCCCAGAGCGUCGCAAUGCUCUCCCCGAACGCCCCAGAGUGUCGCGAUGCUCUCCCCGGACGCCCUUGAGCGUUGCGAUGCUCUCCCGAACGCCCCAGAGCGUCGCGAUGCUCUCCCCGGACGCCCCAGAGCGUCGCGAUGCUCUCCCCGGACGCCCCAGAGCGUCGUGAUGCUCUCUCCGGACGCCCCAGAGCGUCGCGUUGCUCUCCCCGGACGCCCCAGAGCGUCGCGAUGCUCUCCCCGGACGCCCCAGAGCGUCGCGAUGCUCUCUCCGGACGCCCCAGAGCGUCGCGAUGCUCUCCCCGAACGCCCCAGAGCGUCGCGAUGCUCUCCCCGGACGCCCCAGAGCGUCGCGAUGCUCUCCCCGGACGCCCCAGAGCGUCGCGAUGCUCUCCCCGACCGCCCCAGAGUGUCGCGAUGCUCUCCCCGGACGCCCCAGAGCAUCGCGAUGCUCUCCCCAGCCGCCCUAGAGCGUCGUGAUGCUCUCCCCGGACGCCCCAGAGCGUCGCGAUGCUCUCCCCGGAUGCCCCAGAGCGUCACGAUGCUCUCCCCGGACGCCCCACAGCGUCGCGAUGCUCUCCCAGGACGCCCCAGAGUGUCGCGAUGCUCUCCCCGGACGCCCCAGAGCGUUGCGAUGCUCUCCCGAACGCCCCAGAGCGUCGCGAUGCUCUCCCCGGACGCCCCAGAGCGUCGUGAUGCUCUCCCCGGACGCCCCAAAGCGUCGCGACGCUCUCCUCGGACGCCCCAGAGCGUCGCGACGCUCUCCCCGGACGCCCCAGAGCGUCGCGAUGCUCUCCCCGGAAGCCCCAGAGCAUUACGAUGCUCUCUCAGGACGCCCCAGAGCGUCGCGAUGCUCUCCCCGGACGCCCCAGAGCGUCGCGAUGCUCUCCCCAGCCGCCCCAGAGCGUCGCGAUGCUCUCCCCAGACGCCGCAGAGCGUCGCGAUGCUCUCCCCGGACGCCCCAGAGCGUCGCGAUGCUCUCCCCGGGCGCCCCAGAGCGACGCCCCAGAGCGUCGCGAUGCUCUCCCCGGACGCCCCAGAGCGUCGCUAUGCUCUUCCCGGACGCCCCAGAGCGUCGCGAUGCUCUCCUCGGACGCCCCAGAGCAUCGCGAUGCUCUCCCCAGCCGCCCCAGAGCGUCGUGUUGCUCUCCCCGGACGCCCCAGAGCGUCGCGAUGCUCUCCCCGGACGCCCCAGAGCGUCGCGAUGCUCUCCCUAGCCGCCCCAGAGCAUCGCGAUGCUCUCCCCGGACGCCCCAGAGCGUCGCGAUGCUCUCCCCGGACGCCCCAGAGCGUCGCUAUGCUCUCCCCGGACGCCCCCAAAGCGUCGCGAUGCCCUCCUCGCACUCCCCAGAGCGUCGCGAUGCUCUCCCAGGACGCCCCAGAGCGUUGCGAUGCUCUCCCCGGACGCCCCAGAGCGUCGCUAUGCUCUUCCCGGACGCCCCUGAGCGUUGCGAUGCUCUCCCCGGAAGCCCCAGAGCAUCGCGAUGCUCUCCCCGGACGCCCCAGAGCGUCGCGAUGCUCUCCCCAGACGCCCCAGAGCGUCGCUAUGCUCUUCCCGGACGCCCCAGAGCGUCGCGAUGCUCUCCCCGGACGCCCCCAGAGCAUCGCGAUGCUCUCCCCAGCCGCCCCAGAGCGUCGUGAUGCUCUCCCCGGACACCCGGAGAGCGUCGCGAUGCUCUCCCCGGACGCCCCCAGAGCGUCGCGAUGCUCUCCCCGGACGCCCCAGAGCGUCGCGAUGCUCUCCCUAGCCGCCCCAGAGCGUCGCGAUGCUCUCCCCGGACGCCCCAGAGCGUCGCAAUGCUCUCCCCGGACGCCCCAGAGCGUCGCGAUGCUCUCCCAGGACGCCCCAGAGCGUCGCGAUGCUCUCCUCGCACUCCCCAGAGCGUCGCGAUGCUCUCCCAGGACGCCCCAGAGCGUCGCGAUGCUCUCCCCGGACGCCCCAGAGCGUCGCGAUGCUCUCUCCGGACGCCCCAGAGCGUCGCGAUGCUCUCCCCGGACGCCCCAGAGCGUCGCGAUGCUCUCCCCGGACGCCCCAGAGCGUCGCGAUGCUCUCCCCGGGACGCCCCAGAGCGUCGCGAUGCUCUCCCCGGCCGCCCCAGAGUGUCGCGAUGCUCUCCCUGGACGCCCCAGAGCAUCGCGAUGCUCUCCCCAGCCGCCCUAG